AAAGUUUGAGGUUAGGUCUGUUUGACACAGAAAUUUUUUGUAUGGCCAUCAGUGUCUCUCUUUUUUUAUUCAUUCGAAACAAAAAACUUGUCGUAUUGAAAUAAAUUCGGAAAAAUUAUUUAAUAAAGAUGCGGCUCACACAAAUUCUAUUGAAAGCAAGAUGGGAAAAGGAAAUCGGUGCUGUCGGUGAAAUGACCGAAAAAUAUUCAAAUUUACCCAGAUCAUAUAUUCGACGUUCUAUGCGACAGAUUGAAUGGCAAACACCAAGAGGAAAUCCACGCUAUUGGCCAAGAACACUGGAAAGACAACGAUUCAUAUUCACGGCUAAUCGACCAUGGACACAAGAUUUUUGGAAAGAUAACUAUCCCGGCAAACAAGUUAAAAGAAUAUUUUUGGAACCUGUUGAAACAUGGAGUUGGUUCCGUGGUGACCGUGUUGAAAUAUUGACGGGACCUGAUAAGGGCAAACAAGGCAUCAUCAACCAGAUUUUACAAGAACGGAAUUGGGUAUUUGUUGAAGGUUUAAAUUGCAAACAAGUCACCUAUGGUAAAACAAAAAAUUUCCCCGGCGUUGUGGGUAAGGUUGAGAGACCCUUACUGGUGACAUCGGAAAUAAAAUUAGUCGAUCCAGCGGAUUUGCAAGCAACCGAAUUUGAGUGGCGUUACAAUGAAGAUGGAUCAAGGAUUCGUAUUUCGUUGCGAACUGGUCGCGAAAUACCAAUUCCAGCCUCAGCUGAAGAGACAUAUGAUUACAAAUCGAAAGCACAAUAUUUUGAACGACCAAAAGAUACUAAAGCAAAAGAGGUUGAAAAGAUUACCUUCUAUCCGAAAUUGAAGACAUUCGAAAUGGAAAUCAUGGAUGAGAUGGGCAUCAAAGAAGAUCGAGUACCAGCUAAAACUUAUUGGUAUUAAAAAAAAUCGUUUGUGUUUUGAAGAGAAAUAUUAAAAGAACUAGAUGAAUAAAAGAUGUUAAAAGAAUAAAAUAA